AUGUGUAUCGGCGGCGAACAACAGAACUUAAUCCUAGAACAGCAACAGCAAGAGAUAAAACAAUGCCAAAAAUAUAAAUAUCUUGACAUGCACAUUACCAACGAUGGUAGCCUUGAUGAAGAAAUUAAGUGCAGAAACAACCAGCGAAGACAAGCAAUUAGACAACUCAACAGUAUUUUAUGGGAUCAGGCCGUAUCAACAGAAAACAAACACAAAAUUUAUAACAGCAUAGUUAAAACCAUCAUUAGUUAUGUUAGUGAAGUAUGGCCUUUGAAAAAAAGAAUCCUUAAGUUACACGAAGCUACAGAAAUGGACUUUUGGAGGCGCGCGGCCGGGGAAUCGAAACUGGAUAGAGUAAGAAAUGAAAGAAUUCAGAAUAUCAUGGGCGUUAAACACAGAAUAUCAGAAGACACCAAGAUUAACCAACCCAGGUGGUACGGGCACGUACAAAGAAUGGAAGAGAGCAGAAUCCCGAAGAAAAUACUGAAUUGGACACCGCAAGGCAAACGAAAGAGAGGGAGACCUAGACGGAGUUGGAGAGAAGGAAUAGACGACAACCUCUGGACAGACAGAGACCAAUGGAGACUGGAAAUCAGAAGACGGCGAAGAACGUUAUGA